GGCGGAAGUAACGUAACGGGAGGAAGUAAACGUUUGCAAAACAAUAGCGCGCCAAUUUGAUUCUGUGCAGACUUACCACAGUGGGCUCUUCUAUGUGUGCUUCAUGUGUUACUUCAACGUCAGUUAGACUUGGAAACUUGGGAGACACUGGUCGUUGUGCAGCAUGGCUGUGCCGUUUGUGCAGGACUGGGAUCUUGUUCAGACACUUGGUGAAGGAACUUAUGGAGAAGUGAGGCUGCUGGUGAACAGACAGACGGAGGAGGCGGUCGCAGUCAAAAUCAUCGACACCCUGCAGGCCAAAGAAUGUGCGGAAAAUGUCAAGAAGGAAAUCUGCGUGCACAAGAUGCUUAACCACCGGAACAUUGUGCGUUUGUUUGGCCACCGUAAGGAAGGAACUACUGUCUAUCUCUUUUUGGAGUACUGCACUGGAGGCGAGCUGUUCGACCGCAUUGAGCCGGAUGUUGGAAUGCCGGAGAAAGAUGCUCACAGAUUUUUUCAGCAACUUGUAGCCGCUGUGGAGUACCUCCACGGAAUUGGCAUCACCCACAGAGACAUCAAGCCUGAGAAUAUUUUGCUGGAUGACAAAGACAACCUCAAGCUGACCGAUUUCGGCCUCGCAACCAUGUUUCGCUUCAAAGGAAAGGAGCGUCUGAUGAAUCGUCUUUGCGGGACUCUCCCUUACGUUGCCCCGGAGCUGUUGAGCCAAACCCAAUACAAAGCUCAACCUGCAGAUAUCUGGUCUUGUGGCAUUGUGCUGACUGCAAUGCUGGCUGGAGAACUGCCAUGGGACCAACCUGCUGAAAUCUGUCAGGAAUAUUUGGAUUGGGUUAACAAGAAAACCUACCUGUCUCCUUGGAAGAAAAUAGAGCCAGUGCCUCUCUGUUUAUUGUCCAAGUUAUUGUUGGCCAAACCAGAAGCACGCAUCACCAUUGCGGACAUUCAGAAAGACCGCUGGUUCACUCAAGGUGUAAAUCAGCCACUAGGUUCUUUAAGCUCGGGUGCCAACAAACACCGCCGAUCUGAUGUUGAAGGCAUGUCCCGAGCCAGCAGCGAUGACAAGAUACAGUUCUCCAGCUCCCAGCCCGACCUUGCCAUGGGAGGUUGGGAAGCCAUGCUGCUCAUCGGUCAAUCAGACGGUCAGGUUAGCUUCUCUCAGCCGACCAAACCCGAGCACAUGCUGCUGGGCAGUCAGCUGCUGGGAACGCCAGGAGCCAGUCAGACCCCGUGGCAAAGAUUAGUGCGCCGAAUGACCCGUUUCUUCACCUCGGUGAAUGCUGACACCUCUCUGACUUCGCUAAAAGGCGCCUGCGAUAGCCUGGCCCUCUGCUACAAACUCACAUGCAACAAUCAGGUGACUGUGAGCACACUCGACAAGCGCAACAACAAGCUCAUUUUCAAAGUCCAUUUGCUUGAUAUGAAUCAGAAAGUGCUGCUGGAUUUCAGGCUCUCCAAGGGUGAUGGUCUGGAGUUCAAACGUCUCUUCGUGAAGAUAAAGCAGAAACUGUGCGACAUCAUCUGCACUCAGAAAAUCCCCUUUCCAAAUAUAAACUGACAUUGGCCAUGAAGGAGGGCGGCACCUAUUUAUACGUAGGUGUUGACUCUU